GUUGGCUUAAACGGAGCUUACAUUGUCUUGCCAGUUUUCCGAACGUUCAGACAUCUUGGUAACUUAAUUGUUUUCGUGAAAAGAACAUGGCUUCAAAAUUCGCAUAUCAAUUGGAAGUGGAGGAAGUUCUUUUGGAGCAUGACCUUGACGAAGAGUGGCGAGCAGAGCCGGCGGUCAAGAUGAGCGGAGCCAAAAUAAUAUCGGGCACGGCGGUGGCCAAAUCCAUUCGCGAGGAGCUGCGCAACGAGGUGGCGGCUAUGGGCAAACAAUUGGCUGACUUUGCCCCUGGCUUGAGGAUCGUUCAGGUGGGCGGACGCGAGGACUCCAAUGUCUAUAUCCGGAUGAAGAUCAAGGCAGCUACCGAAAUCGGCAUCAAUGCUGCCCACGUCCAACUGCCUCGAUCCAUCACCGAGGGGGAACUGCUCGAUAAGAUUAACGACCUGAACGAGGAUCCGAGGGUACAUGGCAUCAUAGUGCAAAUGCCCCUGGACUGCGACUCUCCCAUCGACUCGCAUCGCAUUACGGACGCAGUUUCCCCGGAAAAGGAUGUUGAUGGACUGCACACGGUAAACGAGGGACGCCUGGCCAUCGGUGACCUUGGCGGAUUCCUGCCCUGCACUCCGUGGGGCUGCCUGGAGCUCAUCCGCCGCUCGGGAGUGGAGAUUGCCGGAGCCCGGGCUGUGGUCCUGGGUCGCAGCAAGAUCGUGGGCACUCCCGCCGCCGAGCUGCUUAAGUGGGCCAAUGCCACGGUCACGGUGUGCCACUCGAAGACCCGCAACCUGGAGGAGAUCACCCGAAGUGCCGACAUCCUGGUGGUUGGAAUCGGCGUGGCUGAGAUGGUCAAGGGUUCGUGGAUAAAGCCCGGUGCGGUGGUCAUCGAUUGCGGCAUCAAUGUGAAGCCAGACGCCAGCAAAGCCAGCGGCACCCGGCUGGUGGGCGACGUGGACUACGAGGAGGCUCUCCAGGUGGCCGGACAUCUGACACCCGUGCCCGGUGGCGUUGGACCCAUGACGGUGGCCAUGCUGAUGAAGAACACCGUGCGAUCGGCGGCCCGUUCCCUGGAGCGUCUGAUCAGGAGCGAGUGGUCCCUGCAGCCACUGCCCCUGAAACCCCUGCGUCCGGUGCCCAGCGACAUUGUGAUUGCCCGCGCCCAGAGGCCCAAGGACAUCGCUGUGCUGGCCAAGGAGAUCGGUCUGCAGGCGCGAGAGGUUUCCCUGUACGGCAACAAGAAGGCCAAGAUCUCGCUGUCGGUGCUGCAGCGUCUGGCGGACAAGGAGGCGGGUCACUAUGUGGUAGUGGCCGGCAUGACACCCACGCCCCUGGGUGAGGGUAAGACCACCACGCUGAUGGGCCUGGUCCAGGCUCUGGGAGCUCACAAGCAGCGGAACACCAUGGCUGCCCUGAGACAGCCAUCCCAGGGUCCCACUUUCGGCAUCAAGGGCGGAGCUGCUGGCGGUGGCUACGCCCAGGUGAUUCCCAUGGAGGAGUUCAAUCUCCAUUUGACAGGCGACAUCCAUGCGGUGUCGGCAGCCAAUAACUUGCUGGCCGCCCAGCUGGACACCCGCAUCUUCCACGAGAACACGCAAAAGGAUAAGGCGUUGUACGAUCGAUUGGUGCCCAAGGUUAAGGGUCAGCGGACUUUCAGCCCCAUUCAGCUGCGCCGUCUCAAGAAACUGGGCAUUACCAAGACCGAUCCGGAUACGCUGACCGAGGAGGAGUACGGAUCCUUCGCACGACUGGACAUCGAUCCCGAGACCAUCAUGUGGGAGCGCGUGGUGGACAUCAACGAUCGGUAUCUGCGAUCGAUUACCGUUGGCCAGUCGCCCACCGAGAAGGGAAUUUCGCGGGAGACCCGCUUCUCCAUCUCGGUGGCCAGUGAGAUCAUGGCUGUGCUGGCGCUAUCCCGCUGCCUGGAGGACAUGAAGCAGCGGCUGGCCGAUAUGGUGGUGGCCUUCGACAGGAAGGGCAAGCCCGUUACUGCCGACGAUCUGGGUGUCACUGGAGCUUUAGCUGUUCUGCUCAAGGAUGCUCUCGAGCCCAAUCUGAUGCAGUCGCUCGAGGGAACUCCCGUGCUGGUGCACGCCGGUCCCUUUGCCAACAUUGCCCACGGCUGCAACUCCAUCAUCGCCGAUGAAAUUGGCCUCAAGCUGGUGGGCAAGGAUGGUUUUGUCUGCACGGAGGCAGGAUUCGGUUCGGAUAUCGGCAUGGAGAAAUUCUGCAACAUCAAGUGCCGCACCUCCGGUCGCAAACCGAACGCCAUGGUGCUGGUGGCCACCGUUAGGGCCAUCAAGAUGCACGGAGGCGGAGCACCUGUUACCCCAGGAGCACCUCUAAACAAGCAGUACACCGAGGAGAACCUGGAGCUCGUCCAGAAGGGACUGCCCAAUCUGCUGCAGCACAUCGCCAACGGCAAGGCCUUCGGCAUGCCCGUGGUGGUGAGCCUAAAUGCCCAUUCGGCGGACACGCCGGCGGAGCACGAGUUGGUCAAGAAGGCUGCUCUGGAGGCUGGAGCCUUCGCCGCCGUGGUCGCGACCCAUUGGGCCGACGGAGGAGCUGGAGCCGUCGAGUUGGCCGAUGCCGUGAUCAAGGCCUGCGAGCAGGGCAACCAGUUCCGACUGCUCUACGAUGUGGAACUGCCACUGCUGGAGAAGAUGAACAAGAUCGCCACGACGAUGUACGGUGCUGGAAAGGUGGUGCUCUCGCCGGCGGCCGAGGAAAAAGUCAAGCGGCUGACGGAGGCGGGCUUUGGCAACCUCCCCAUCUGCAUGUCCAAGGUUUCGGGCUCAUUCACUGGCGAUGCCAAGAUCAAGGGCGCCCCGAAGGGUUUUACCCUGGACGUGGAGGAUGUGUACGUUUCGGCUGGAGCCGGAUUUGUGGUGGCCAUGUGCGGUGAGGUCACCAAAAUGCCGGGCCUUCCCACCCGCCCGGCAAUAUACGACAUCGAUCUGAACACGGAAACCGGACAAAUCGAAGGCCUCUUUUAGGCUGCGCUAAUUCCAAAAUCAUUUGCAUAUCCAAAUUCCAAAAUACUACAAAAUUAUUCGAUUUAAUUGUAUAUAAAUUGAUAUAGAGAUAAGUUUUAAAGUUUUGUGUACUAAAAUAAAUUCUGACGGUUUGUGGUGUCUUUUAAAA